ACUUGCAGGACAGCAGCAGGAGAUAAACAACUUAAUACAGAGAAAAAAUACCUUGGCUGAGGAAAAUGCACAUUUGAAGAAUGAAUUCAGUAACUUGAAUGAGAAAUUUAAAGAUAAAAGUAAAGAACUUAAGGACACUGAGGAGUGUGCACAGAAGAAGGAACAGCAAAACAGGCUGGUUAUAAAAAGCCUGGAGGAGGAAAACAAGGGAUUAAAUACAUGCUGUGCUGACCUGCUAUAUGACCUGGAGAAACUGAGGAAGCAGGAGGCACAGUGGAAAACAGAAAAAUCUGGCAAUGAUGCCAGAAUAAAGAAUUUGGAAACUGAUUUAGCAGAGGCAAGAGAACAAAUGAAAGAGUUACGCAGUAUAUGCAGUAACUUGUCAUCUCAGGUAUCUGUGAAACAGGAGGAACUCUCUCAAAAGAAUUCUGAUCUGAUUGGAGCUAAGAAGGAGUUACAGGAGCUGCAGAAUCUUUACAGACAAAACAUUGAACAUACAGCACAGCAGGCUGAGCUGAUAAAGCAGCUUCAGGCUCUCAAUGCUGAUACACAAAAAGUACUGAAAGACCAAGAAGAUGCUCACACAGCUGAAACAACAUCCUAUCAAAAACUUUAUAAUGAAUUGACUUCAUGUUUUGAAACCGUUAAAACAAGUGAAAUUCAACUGCAGCAAAGCUGUGCUUCUCUUCAGGAUCAGUUACUUGGAAAAGAUCAAAGGAUUUGUCAGUUACAAGAGCAACUUCAGCAGGCUCAUGCUGCUUUAAAUGCAGUACAUCAGAAUGCUCCAAAAUGUGAACUACAGGAACCACCUGUGAAACGUUCAAGGUCUCUGUCCCCAAAGAGCUCUUUUAGAGAGUCAGAGGAGACUCGAGAAACCGAUGAGCUAAGAGCAGCCCAUGAAAAACACAAAGAGAGGCUGCAGAUGUUACAGACCAACUACAGAGCACUAAAAGAGCAAUUAAAGCAGUGGAAGGAGGACGAUAGCAGGUUUGAGAGUUGUGAAAGUGGAUACCAGCCUGCAGACCCCCAGCAGCCUUGUCAAGAGGAUUCUGACGCUGUGUGGAAUGAACUGGCAUUUUUGAAAAGGGAACACAAAAAGCUGUUGAUUGAAAAGCUGAAUCUUGAAGAAGAAUUGCAUCAGUUGAAAAUGCACCAAUCGGAGGAGCCACUUUUUAAAGUUAGUGAUGAUGAAGGGGUCAAGAACAGUACUCCAAAGAAAAAUAUGAAAGAAAUUUCACGUCAGAUGUUACAGAAGGUACGACAACUAGAAAGAAGGUUCAAAGCUGUUGAAAAGGAUUUAAAGAAGCAGAAAGAAGUAAAUAAAGACUUACUGAAGGAGAAAAAUUGUUUGGAAGCAUCUUUAAAAGUGCAAAAAGAAGAUGCAGACACAAGAGAAAGAGAGCUCGAAGCACUACUUAAGAGGAUUUGUGAAAUAAAAAAAGAGAAAGCCGACCUUCAGUUAGUGAUUGAUGAGCAAGAAAAAGAAGCUUCCUCUUUGAAGAGGCAAAUGGCAGAAGCUAACAGGUUGAGAAAUGAAAAUGAAGAUUUGCUGAGUCAAGUGCAGGAGCUGAAGUGUUUGCUGGAUGAAGCCACAGCAGUGGCAACCUCUGGGCAAUGUAAUUGCAAGAUAACAGGCACCAAGGUUAAAUUAAAAACAGCCAAGAAAAAAAGCUCCUUGGGACAUCAUGGAGCUUUUCUCAAACAGUCCAUCAAGGUUAUGAGUAAUGUAUUUGAGAAGUGCAGUAAGGACGGCUGGGAAGAUGUGAGUGAAAGCAGUGACUCUGAAACACCAACUUCUGAAGGUUUGGAAACAGUGAUUUUGAAGACAGUGCGGAACACUGAUCCACUGCCAGACAGAAAUAAACAGCAGGGAAAAAAGCAAAUACAAGAUGGUCAAAAGCCCUGCAACAUUGUUCUUUUAGAAGGCAAAAACCAGCGGUAUAAUAAAAAGGGCCAUUCACAGAAUAAAGACCUAGAAAAGUUACAUUCCAAGGGGAGGAAGUUUUACCAUCUUGUAACAUCUUAUCCAUCAGUUCUAAGCAGAGUGUACAGAACAAAAAGAAGCAUCACUGUCCAGAAACCAGGCUACUGUGUUAAUCUACUGCAGGAAAGAAUUAAGUCAUUGCAGCAGCAGAUAGCUGUUUUACAGAUCGAAAAAAAUACAGCAGUGUCUUCUGUGAAGGGGUUUAAAGAAAACAAUGAAAAACUAACAACUCGGCUACAUUUGGCUGAUCAGAGACUUCAAGCUAGUAAGCUAACAAUAGAGGUGUUGACUUCCAACCUGGCCAAGUGGCAACAGGAGAAGGAAGAUCUACAAGAAAAAUUGAAGUUGAGAGAACAUCUGUCUCAAACUGCUGGCAAGAAUGAAACCACACCAGUUCCUUCAAAGAACGUUGAUUCAGAGAUGAAACAGCUGCAGUGCAAACUAAAGAAUUCAAAUAAUGAAAUCACUAAGCAGUCGAACACCAUUAAGUCACUAAAAAAUGAAGUCCAGGAAAAAGAAGAACGGUUUCAGGAACUACGGGCAAAGAUUUCUCGACUGGAGAGGGACCUUAAUAUGAAAAGACAUUUAAUAGAAGACUUAAGGUCUCGUCUAAAAGCAAGUCAAGAAAAUGAGAAAACCUCUAAUGAAACAUUAGAAAAUCUUGAGAGAAAGGUAAAGGCACUGACUGAAGACUGUUCGAACAAAAAAACUUCCAUUGACUCACUGAAACAAAGACUUAAUGUAGCUACAAAAGAGAAGUCUCAGUAUGAGCAGAUGUACCACAAGGCUAAAGAUGAGUUGGAGAAAAAGAAUCUCAAGCUUACCAAUCUGGAGAGCAAAAUGAUAGAGACUGAAAGUGCCAUGACUGAACUUGAGACAACCGCCUCUCAACAACUACACGACUUGGCUAAACAGAGUGGACAAGCUUUGGAAACUGUACAGGAGAAGCUGCUGCUCACCAGUGACAGAGUAGAACAGUUCAUGACAUUUGUGAAG